GGCCGGAGACGUGAGGCGAGGGGAAGCGAAGCCAGGCGACGCGACGCGACGCGAGGCUGGCUGGCUGGCUGGCUAGCUGCCUGUGUUAGGGCUCUCCGUGAGGGUUAUGGCUCACCAACGGCGUGCAUGUGAAGCAACCGCACCUGCCCUUUUGGACACUGGGAACACGGAGACAUGUCCAGAGACAGCAUGACGGCCGUGCGAGGAGCCCACGGUGGAAGCACCAGCAGCACCACCACCACCACCAGCAGCAACACCACCGCAGAGGCAGCGGCAGCGGCAGCGGCGGCGGCGGCGGCGGCGGCGGCGGCACCCAAAGAGAACGGCUACGCCGCGCCGAAGCCCGCUCCGCCCGGUGCCCGCUUCCAUCGCCCCUCCGCGCCCGCCGUUGACAGCCCCGUGACAGCCACCGGCGAGCUGACGCAGACGUGGGUGCAAUUCGCCAAGACCUUUGUGCUCAUUUUCCCAAUUUAUGCACUGGGCUACUAUGAGUUCAGCUUCAGCUGGAUGCUGAUCGGACUCGUGGUUUAUUUCUGGUGGAGGAGAAAUGCCUUUGAGAAGCGGAGUCGCCUGAGUCGGGCUUUGGCUUUCCUUGAGAGGGACGAGAGGAGCCUUGCGACGGCUCUGAGCACCUCGGACCUGCCUCCCUGGGUCCAUUUCCCCGACGUGGAGAGAGUGGAGUGGCUAAACAAGACGGUGAAGCAGAUGUGGCCCUACAUCUGCAAGUAUGUGGAGAAGCUGUUCCGAGACACGCUGGAGCCGGCCGUUAAGGAGUCCAACGGCCACCUCAGCACCUUUCGCUUCAGCAGGAUCGACAUGGGAGACAAACCUCCGAGGGUCAACGGCGUGAAGGUUUAUUCGGAGAACGUGGACCGACGGCAGAUCGUCAUGGAUCUCCAAAUCAGCUUUGUAGGUAACACAGAGAUCGACGUGGACAUCAAGCGCUACCACUGCAAAGCGGGAAUCAGAAGCAUUCAGAUUCACGGCGUGUUGCGUGUGCUGAUGGAGCCGUUGCUGGGCGACGUGCCUCUGGUCGGAGCGCUUUCUCUCUUCUUCCUCAAGAAGCCUCUUGUCGACAUCAACUGGACGGGCCUCACUAACGUGCUGGACAUUCCCGGGCUCACCGGACUUUCCGACAGUCUGAUUCAAGAUAUCAUCUCGUCCUAUGUGGUCUCGCCCAACCGGAUUACAAUCCCGCUGGUUGGAGACGUGGAACUGGCCCAGCUUCGCUUCCCCAUGCCCAAGGGAGUGCUUCGGAUUCACUUCUUGGAAGCUCAGGAUCUGGAAGGCAAGGAUAAAUUCCUGGGCGGGCUCAUCAAGGGCAAGUCGGACCCUUACGGCAUCCUGCAGAUCGCCAAUCAACUCUUCCAGAGCAAGACCGUCAAGGAGAGCCUUCACCCCAAAUGGAACGAAGUUUUCGAGGCUUUGGUUUACGAGCAGUCGGGUCAGCACCUCGAGAUCGAGUUGUUUGACGAGGAUCCCGACAAAGACGAUUUCCUGGGGAGUCUGAUGAUCGACAUGACGGAGCUGCACAAAGAACAGAAGGUGGACGAGUGGUUCGACCUGGAGGAGGCGCCGACCGGCAAGCUCCACUUGAAACUGGAGUGGCUCUCUCUGCUGUCCACGUCGGAGAAGUUGGAGCAGGUGCUGCGAAGCGUGCGAGCAGACAGGAGCCUGGCCAACGACGGCCUGUCGUCGGCGCUGCUGGUCGUCUAUUUGGACUCGGCCAAGAACCUGCCGAGCCUCUUCAGCGGCAGCUUAGGCUGCGGCAAUUUAAGCGAGAGACGAGCGUCCGGCCUGGUGUUUUGCGACAGCGACAGCUCCGAGUAUCGCACCGUGGGCUCGGCCAAGAAGAGCAGCAGCGAGCCCAGCCCUUACGUGCAAUUAACCGUCGGGCACAAGACACAAGAGAGUAAGAUUCGCUACAAGACCAAGGAGCCAUUGUGGGAGGAUUCCUUCUCAUUUCUAGUUCACAAUCCCAGGAGACAGGAGCUGGAGGUCGAGGUGAAAGACGAAAAGAGCAAAUGCACCUUGGGCAAUCUGAGCGUGCCGCUGAGCGGCCUCCUGGCCGAAGAGGACAUGACGCUGACGCAGUGCUUCCCGCUCAACGACUCGGGUCCCAGCUCCAGCAUCAGAUUCAAAAUGGCCUUGCGGAUCCUGUCACUGGAGAAGCAGGUCUCAUCAGACCAACCUUCUUCAGUCCGGGUCCGCAAGUCCAGUGUACCCCAAGCGGCCGCCUGGACCAGAGCGAGCGCCUCGUCCUCGCCGCCGCCUGGUUCGCCAUGCCCGGCGCCCCCUCCGGCGCACGCCUCCUCCGCGACGCUGCAUCAUGGGGACGGCGAGCCGUACGGCGCCGUCCCGCCGCCGCCGCCGCCGCGCAGCGUCUCCAGCCUGUGCGUGGGCAUCUCAGCCUCCCGGAAGCACUUGGCCCACAGCGAGUCCACGCCCAGCCUGGCCUCGGACGUCUCGCUGCCCUUCGCCGCUUUGGAGCUCCGGCAGAGGCUAGGGCGGCUGCACAACGGCUCCACCUCCAGCCGGUUCCUCCUGGGUGAGGUCCACCUGACCAUUCGACACAGCGUCCAACGCAACAAGCUCAUCGUGGUGGUUCACGCGUGCCGCAAUUUGAUGGCUUUCUCGAAAGACACCUCGGAUCCUUUCAUCCGCCUCUACCUGCUGCCCGACAAGAGUCGCACGGGCAGGAGGAAGACCGGCACGGUGAAAAGGAGCCUCAACCCUGUUUACGAUCAAACGUUUGAAUUCAGCGUGUCCAUCGUGGAGCUCCACAGGAGAACGCUAGAUGUCGCCGUGAAGAACGGAGGGAACAUCUUGUCCAAACCCAAAGGCCUUUUGGGAAAAGUGCUGGUCCAUUUAAGUGGAGAAGAUAUAGCCAAAGGAUGGACGCAAUGGCAUGAGCUGAGCGAAGACGGUUUGCCGUCUCAAAGGAACAUCGAGGAGACAUUUACGUCGUGAUUUGUUUGGCUGAAUUUCGUAAACCUUUUAUUUCCACACUACAUUUUUGUCAGCAUGCCUUUUCCCAUACUGACCGUCGUCGGCGCAUCCAAAUAUUGUAACAUAUUGUCAUCAUAAUGAAAGGUCUCGUCGCUGUUUGUGAUAUUGCUCGUUUGUAACUUGGCAGGGCAUUAAAAAAAAAAAGAAAAAAAAAAGAAUGUGACAAAUUCUUACCAAAGGAGCAGAAUGAGUCCCGCAGGUGGUGUUUAUAUUUUGUCCUCCCUCGUGGAUGCUUUUGACUUUUGUUUGUUUAUUUAGUCUGAUUUCAAACAUGGAAUGCACAUCAAACGGAAUGCUUUGUGUAUUUCUAGGUGGACUUUGUGCAAUAUAGUUUUCUUUCCUUUUGGACAUGCAUGGUCCUUUUGUGGGCAUUUUAUAGGGCUAGGCAAAAGAUGGAGGAAAAAAAUAGAGCUACUUGAAUGGAGGGGAUUCAGAUGUGAGGCAAGAAACUAGACGAGAGACAGACAACUCGUGCUUUUUUAAUAUGCUGGGCUGACAGCAAACUGUCUAAAACAAAGGUUUCUAUCUCUUUUUUGCUAUGCGGUUAUAACUGUUUGUGUUUGUUGAAGCUUUUUAAUCUAUCACGUGCCUUAAAAAAAGGGAAAAACCUCACCACCGUGUAACUUCCGCCUUCUUAAAAGUUAUUCAUUUUGAAUGAUGUGUGGCUUUUUGAUGAAUAAAUUGUUUCCUUUCUGAAAA